AAUGUUCGACCGAACAUAAGAUAAUUGCCGCGACAAUGUAGGGAUUAAUACGACGGACUUAAUAAUCAUUUAUGCUCUUGAUAAACAGAAUAAAAAAAAUACAGGGCUACAUUCAACGAACUGUCGCUCAAUGUAGGUAUAGUGAGCUCUCUAUGUUUCUAUUAUAAUGCAAAACCUCACGAAAUUAUUAUCUUUGUCAGAGACGUGGUUUGACAAAACUUAAUAUUCGAUAUAUCUGCACGUCAAUGAUCACAAGGCAAGCAGAAAUAACAGAGAAAUGGAAUGAAGGGAAAGAACUGCCACCCUUCGCCGUUCGACUGAUCACAAUGUAUCAGUAACAAACAGGGAGGAAUAAAGGGAAUAACAAAUUCCUUGACAUAGAAUUAAGUAUAAUUAUGGAAUACUAAAGAGAAAUUCACUCAUUUUCACUUAUGAAGAGAGCGGCACGCGAGACAGAUAUUAUUGGAAGAGAGAACGCGAACAAUUGAAGUUUUAAUUCUUACACGCUGCGUUUUACCACAACAUUUCACAAUACACGCGAGUACGCGGCACGAACGGAAUGAAUUUCAGAAAUGCGAAUCUUUUCAACAGUCGAGUGAACGUGCUCUCGGGGAAUUUAUUACCGGUAGCAGCCGAUAAUUCGCGAUUUUCAGUGAUCUGUCGCGCUCACAGCGUCGUCGUAUGGUUAAUAGAAUUGGUUCAUACGAUUGCGUUUGUCUUCGGGCUUUUUCUAGCACCGGAAGGGAAGAGUCUGAAGGACGGCACCGUCUGCGCCGUGGUCACUUUGGAGGCGUCUUUUAUGCUUACGCGUCUUUACUCGCGCAAAAAGCUGAUGGAGGAAUUCGUACGGAAGAUGAACGUAAAGCCGUUCCUGAUAUACGGAGUGACCAGCGCGAUAUCCAUCACGAUAUGGACCGUACAGCCGGUUGCAUUGGUUUUCGAGAAGUCUACCUUUUUCUAUGGAGAUUACAAUUUGCCAGCCGCUUUCAGCGCCGAGCCGUUCUCCAGCCGCGUUCUGAUUCCCUCGACCAUUUUUAUGACAAUUGGCAGCGUUUAUCUGUUUCUUAAGAAAUUCGGCGUGGAUGUGUACAUGAUGCACUUGGUACUAAUGUUAACGGCCCAGUAUCGAUACACGGCGGAAAAGCUCAUGAUACUGUUUCGGGAUCUGCAAAACUAUCACGCUGAAUCUCAAAAGGAACCGUAUCGUUCUAGGGAAGAUCGAUGGAUGGAAAGAGAAUUAAAAGAAUUAUGUCAGCACCAAAAUACUGUUUUAAACAUGUCGUUUAUAUUAAAAAAACUUCUGUCAGUAAACUUCAGCUUACUCUAUAUCAACAACGUGUUUCGAUUCUGUUUUAUAGGUAUCUUACUAAGCUCAGUACCAUCAAUGACUUUUGCAGAAGGAAUUUCGGUCGUCUCAUUUACUAUUGGUUCGCUAACACAAUUCUUUUUGUUGUGUUCUUCUAUUCAAACAUUAUCAGACGCAAGUACUGAAAUAACGGAUAAAGCAUUUAAUGAAGGCUGGUAUCAAUUUGGACCACCAAUAAAACGUACAUUUAUAUUAAUGAUAAUGGCUAACAACCUGGAAUGCAGAAUUGCAGCAAUUGGAAAGUUUAACCUGUCACUGCCUUCAUUCAUGACGAUUAUAAAUCAAUCAUAUUCAAUCGCUCUCCUGUUCUUAAGAGCGACAUAAAAAGAACGGUUUUUUUUCACACAUGUUUAAAUUCGGU